AUGCAUGCACUUCAACCUUUUGGAGAGAAGAAAGUGUUGGCAAGUGGAAUUUGUAAUGAUUCAGAUUACGCCGCAAAGUUCUUCGGAAUGAGGGGUAGGCUAUGGACCUUAUGGAUUUUGCAAACGAUGGGAAGACUUUUCUGCUUCCUUCUGGGGCGGGUGAAUUCGCUUCCCUUAGCUGUGACAUGGAUGAUCAUCUUCUCCAUCGGAGCUCAGGUGGCCUGCCGGGCCACUUUCGGCAUCAUACGACCCUUCAUUUCCCGUUGGUUGUUGGGUAUCAUCUCGGGGUUGACAGACGUCGGAGGUAACUCCGGGUCUGGAUUGACCCAGCUAAUAUUCUUCUCCACCUCAAAGUUCUCCACUGCGUCGGGGCUGUCGUUCAUGGAGAUAAUGAUCAUGGCCCGCACUCCUCCGGUGACUCUGGUCCACUUUCCGCAAUGGGGAAGCACGUUUUCGCCUGCGUCCAAGGAUACUGAUAGGAACUGA